GUUGUUCUAGCCAAUGGAGAUGUUGUCAAGACAGGUUCCCGUGCCCGAAAAAGUGCUGCCGGGUAUGAUCUAACGCGCCUGAUGAUUGGAAGUGAAGGGACCUUGGGAGUGAUUACCGAAGUUACGUUACGUCUACAGAAAAUUCCGAAGUAUUCAGUGGUUGCCAUGUGCAACUUUCCUACAGUGAAGGAUGCAGCGGAUGUUGCUAUUGCCACUAUGUUGUCUGGUAUACAGGUGUCAAGGGUGGAGCUGUUGGAUGAAGUGCAAGUGAGAGCUGUCAAUAUUGCUAAUGGGAAAAAUUUGCCUGAAGUUCCUACUUUAAUGUUUGAAUUUAUAGGCACAGAAGCAUAUUCACGUGAGCAAACACUAAUAGUGCAAAAUAUAGUUUCUGAGCACAAUGGCUCAGAUUUUGUCUUUGCUGAAGAUGCUGAUGCUAAAAAGGAACUUUGGAGGAUAAGGAAGGAAGCACUUUGGGCUUGCUUUGCUAUGGAACCUAAUUUUGAAGCGAUGAUAACGGAUGUUUGUGUUCCUCUAUCGCACUUAGGAGAUUUGAUAUCGAGGUCCAAAAAAGAGUUGGACGCUUCACCGUUGGUGUGCACAGUUGUUGCCCAUGCUGGUGAUGGGAACUUCCACACGGUGAUUCUGUUUGAUCCCAAAAGUGACAAGCAACAGAAGGAAGCUGAGAGAUUAAACCAGUUUAUGGUCCAUACUGCUUUAUCCAUGGAAGGAACAUGUACUGGAGAACAUGGUGUGGGUACCGGGAAAAUGAAGUACCUUGAACAAGAACUUGGAAUAGAGGCUUUGCAAACGAUGAAAAGGAUAAAAGCUGCUUUGGAUCCCAACAACAUCAUGAAUCCAGGAAAGCUCAUCCCCCCUCAUGUUUGUUUCUAA